AUGGCCACCGAAUCUUUUGUGAUCCGCACGCCGGCGUCGUCGGCCAAUAUUGGCCCUGGCUUCGACGUCAUCGGCCUCGCGCUCUCCCUCUACCUCGAGCUGCACGUCACCAUUGACCGCUCCAAGACGCCGUUUACGGCGCCGCUCAACUGCCGCAUCACGUACGAGGGCGACGGCGAGGGAUCGGUGUCCCUGGACCCGGAUGCGAACCUGGUCACCCGCGUUGCGCUCUACGUGCUCCGCUGCCACAACCAGCGCAGCUUCCCCGCGGAGACGCACGUGCACAUCAAGAAUCCGAUCCCGCUGGGCCGCGGGCUGGGCUCGUCGGGUGCGGCCGUGGUGGCGGGUGUGAUGUUGGGCAAGGAGGUGGGCGGUCUGCACGACCUGACGCCGGCACGUCUGUUUGAUUUUUGUCUGAUGAUUGAGCGGCACCCGGACAAUGUGGGCGCGGCGCUGUUUGGCGGGUUUGUGGGCACGUACCUGAACCCGCUGAAGCCGGAGGACGUCGCGCGCAAGGAGAUUCCGCUGAGCGAAGUGCUGCCGACGCCGGCGGGCGGCGUGGACACGGGCGACCAGCCACCAGCGCCGCCGCUGGGGAUCGGCCACCACAUCAAGUUCCCAUGGUCGCCGACAAUCAAGGCGGUGGCGAUCAUCCCAGAUUUUGAGGUGGCCACGGCCAAGGCGCGCGAGGUGCUGCCGGCGGAGUAUCCCCGUGCGGAUGUGACCUUCAACCUCCAGCGGAUAGCACUGCUCCCGGUGGCGCUGGGCCAGUCGCCGCCCGACCCGAACUUGAUUUACCUGGCCAUGCAGGACAAGCUGCACCAGCCGUAUCGACAGACGCUGAUCCCCGGUCUCACCGAGAUCGUCGAAUCGAUGACGCCCAGCUCGCAGCCCGGUCUGCUGGGCGUGUGCUUGUCGGGUGCGGGCCCGACGAUCCUGGCGCUGGCGACGGACCACUUUGACGAGAUUGCGGAGGAGAUCAUUGGGCGAUUUAAGAAGCAGGGCAUCCAGUGUAAGUGGCAGUUGCUGGAGCCGGCAGAAGGCACACUGGUGACGCGGUCAUCUUGA